AGGCCAAAACUACUCACCAGGGGCGCGCAACAAACUCCAUUCCCUGCCGCUUUCUAUCUUUCUUCUUUACGUCGCUGAGCUGAAAGUUGAAAUCCCAGAUAGUGAAGUGCGUAAAAUCCAGAAUUUUAUUCACUUUCCAACCUCUUACUUCAGUUUCGUCUUCCACUUUCCCUGCACUUUUAUUCUUCUGUUCUUUUUCGGCUCCGUAGAUUGGAAAACAUGGAGAACCUUAAUCUAACCCUAGUAUCUUCUCCAAAAAGCACGUUGAUGGGGCAUUUUUCUGCAAAGAACCCCACAAAAGACGUCUUUAGAAGAACGCCUUUUUCUUUUGGAAGUGCAAUAACUGUGCCUCCUUACUCUAGAUAUUCCGUGUCUUCCCUUUCUCGUUCUAAUGUCAUCCGGGCUGCCGCUAAACCCCAGCAAAACCCAAAACCUGUGCAGGAGAAGUUGAUAGUGGAGCAUUUCGCUAGCAUUUCUUCAUCAAAGAGUCAAGAAACAUCAUCUGUUGGAGUUAGCCCGCAAUAUUCCACACCACCUCCGUCCUCAACUAUAGGGUCACCACUGUUCUGGAUUGGUGUUGGUGUUGGGCUAUCUGCACUUUUUUCAUGGGUAUCUACGAGAGUAAAGAAUUAUGCAAUGCAACAAGCUUUCAAGACCAUGAUGGGCCAGAUGAAUUCACAGAAUAAUCAGUUUAACAGUCCUUCCUUUUCCCCUGGAUCUUAUCCAUUUCCUGUGCCGUCAGCAUCAGGCCCUACGGCACCUGCUGCUUCACCAGGGUCUUCUCAAUCUCAAGCAUCUAAAGCAUCAAGCGCAUCUCAAUCUACUGUCACAGUAGAUAUACCGGUGACAAAUGUAGAGGCAGCUUCAGCCACUAGUGUCCAAGAUGAAGCACAAUCAAAGGAAGAGCCCAAAAAAAUUGCUUUUGUAGAUGUUUCUCCUGAAGAAACUCAACAGAAAAAUCCAUUUGAAAGCUUCAAAGAUGUUAGUGAGCCAAGUUCCACCAAGGAAACUCGGGUUCCUGAUGAAGUUUCUCAAAACGGAGCGGCAUCUAACCAGGGCUUUGGUGGGUCACCUGGUUCAUCUGGUUCUCAAUCUACAGGAAAAUCAGUCUUAUCAGUGGAAGCCUUGGAGAAAAUGAUGGAAGACCCAUCAGUGCAGAAGAUGGUUUAUCCCUAUUUACCUGAGGAGAUGAGGAAUCCUACUACCUUCAAAUGGAUGCUGCAGAAUCCUCAGUACCGUCAACAACUUGAAGAAAUGCUAAACAAUAUGAGUGGGAGCGGUGAAUGGGACAGCCGAAUGAUGGACACGUUGAAAAAUUUUGACCUGAACAGUCCUGAGGUUAAGCAACAAUUUGAUCAAAUUGGGCUUACUCCUGAAGAGGUCGUUUCAAAGAUAAUGUCCAAUCCUGACGUUGCAAUGGCGUUUCAAAAUCCUAAAGUUCAGGCGGCUAUCAUGGAUUGUUCACAGAACCCGCUGAAUAUUACUAAAUAUCAAAAUGACAAGGAGGUCAUGGACGUCUUCAAUAAAAUAUCAGAGCUCUUCCCUGGAGCAACGGGAUCACCUUAAUUCAUCUGCUUGCUGCUGCUGCUGCUGAUGAUGCCGGUUGAAGUUGUUGUUGCCUUUAAAGAUGAGCAAGGGACUUCAAAACUUCUAGUGCUUAUGGCUUUAUAGUGGCUCGCUGUUUUUGACAUGUCAGGCUAAAUAAUUCUAGUUGGUCAAGGUUAAGUUAUUUCAAUAGGUGUUCUUUUGGUGAAAUUGCUGAAAUUGUGUAUUCAUGCUUGGAAUAUCAGUGUGGAUUUUGCUAGCUGUGAUUAGUUCUUGGAUACGGCUAUUAAUAACACCACUUCAGCAACCAGAAAAUUAAAUAAAUGCCUUCUUUCUUUAUC